AUGGUUGCGGACGCACUCGCCUACCACCCCACGGUGGCUCAUUAUUCGAGAUUCAUCGCUACUACGGUCGGCCGUGAUAAGGUCCUACGAACACUGCAGUACUUCUCCCGUUUCCUUGCGUGGUAUUUCCUUCGUACAAACCGACCUCAGUCAACCAUAAACCCAUUUGAGGCUAUGAAAAAGCAAUUUGGCCUGACUCGCAAGUUGCUUCGUGUCGGCAAGAACAUAGAACAUUUCAAGGCUGCUGCUAUUGCCCUUGACUCCAAGCCGGGUGUCGCUGGUGCACCUGGGUCGGACCCCGUGCUCAAAUAUCUUGCUGUAGGAAGACAGUUGGGAUAUGGCGUUUAUCUCUCGCUUGAUAUGGUGACGUAUCUUGAUGCGGCGGGUAUACGCAAACUUGCAUCUGUCAAGAAACUGCAAACCCAUGCUCAGAAAGCAUGGUUGACGGGGCUCUUGUGCAGUGCUAUCGCUGGCAUUUAUUCCAUGUGGAGACUAAGUGAGAUGGAGAAGAAUAUCAACAAGAAGGAUGGUGAAGGGGCUGUGGAAGGAAAGAAGAUCCAAAGGGAGCGUGCGACUGUCUCAACCCAACUUAUCUCCGAUCUAUGCGAUCUUACCCUCCCCCUAUCGAGCCUUGGCUACGUUACCCUUGAUGAUGGCGUUCUUGGUAUUGCUGGAACAGUGAGCAGUUUAAUUGGACUGAACACGGCCUGGAAGAAGACAGCAUAA